AUGGCUGAAGACUGGCAAGUGGUCGCGUCAAAGGCGCAAGCAGAUCUUUUGAACUCAAUACCCCCGAAAUGGCGUCUGCCCGAGCCGGUCGACCCUUCUGUGAAGGACGUUCGAGCCAUUCCGAGGACUUGUGGACUCCUUACGGAGAAACAGCUGUUGAUCACUGAGCAGACGGCCAGCGAGCUCGUAGCCCAGCUGAGAGACGGCAGGCUGUCCUCGGUGGAAGUGACCGAGGCCUUCUGUGCAAGAGCCGCGAUUGCACAUCAGUGUGUAAAUUGUUUGACCGCUUUCUUUCCGGAAGAGGCUCUAGCACGAGCAAAAGAACUUGAUGACAUCCUGGCAAAGACGGGCACCCCGGUUGGCCCUUUGCAUGGAUUGCCUGUGGGAAUCAAGGAUAUCUUCCACAUGAAGGAUAAGAACCUGACGAUGGGCUAUGUGGCAUGGUACAACAAUCGGUGCACGUCUGAUGCGUCGAUUGUGCAAAUUCUGAGGAAUGCUGGAGCUGUCUUUUUCGUGCGCACAACGAUGCCACAGACGGGAAUGUUCCUCGAAACCUGGAGCAACCUGUGGGGUCGCACUCUGAACCCUUUCAACAGAGAUUUCUCUGCCGGAGGCUCCUCUGGCGGGGAUGGGAGCCUUGUGGCUAUGAAAGGAGCGCCGUUCUGCCCAUCAACCGAUAUCGGCGGCAGCAUCCGGGCCCCGGGCACUUUUAACGGGCUUUAUGCCAUGAGGCCUACUGCUGAAAGAACUGCAAAGAGGGGCAUGGGGACGGCUGCGCCUGGCCAGAUCUCUAUCAAGGUCUCUUCGGGUCCGAAUUGUCACAGCAUGACAGAUGUCAAGCUCGUAGCCGAGAUUCUCCUCACCCACCACGGCUUGCCGUUUGAGCCCACUGCUGUCCGGAUGCCCUGGAAACAAUUACCUACUAAGACGGAGAAACUGUGCCUUGGCUUGCUAACCACAGACGGGUGUGUGACUCCGCAGCCACCAAUUGCGAGAGCCCUUCAAGAGACUGCGGUAAGCCUGCGAGAGGCUGGUCACGAAGUAAUCGAAUUCAAAUUGCCAUUUGACUGUUGGGAAGUUGCACAGGACACUUGGCGACUAUGGUUCCAGACUGGUGCAAAAGAGACCGUGGAUCUAGUCGCAUCGUCGGGCGAACCGCUCUACCCAACCUUCAAGUGGUAUCUCGAGACGUUUCAUAUCAAGCCCUUGAGCGUGCCAGAACUGUUCAAGCUCAACACGAAGCAAGCAGAAUGGCGAUACCAGUUCGCCGAGGCGUGGUACAACACGAGAACGCAGACCAAUUCCGGACGCCCCAUCGACUGCUUAAUCUGCCCCUGCGCGCCGUCCGCGAGUUUCCCGCACGGCUUCCCGGUCUGGUGGGGGUACUUUAGCCUGUGGAACCUGCUCGACUACCCGAGCAUUGUGCUGCCGUUAAAGAAGAUGCAUGUCGACCUUGACAAGGACAAGAAGAAUGUCGACUACGCCCCCAAGAAUAACGUCUUUGACAAGAUGAACUGGGAGAUCUGUAAGUGA